UGCAAAAUUCGCGUAGACAUCUUUCAGCAUAUUGUGAAUAGGUUUGGCUCGGAAAAGGUGCACAGAUCCGUAUAUUUCAUUUCCUCUUGCAUGUUCCGAUGGACAAAGUUUGGCAUUGUCCUACGUUGCAUUUCCGUUUAGUGGGAAAUGAAGUGUUUUCCUUCGUAACAAUCUAGUAUCGAGUGUGUACAGAGUGAUAGCAAAAAAAGAGUAACGUACGAGAUAUCAGGCGGAUUAUUCUUGUUCAGAAGUGCAUUCCAUGCGAACAACCAGUCAUUUUUGUCAGUAAACCGAACCACGCAAGCAUGACGUCCGUGCAGAGCCAGGAAGAUCUAGAGGCCCGCAUUGCCCGGAUCAAGAAACGGAAUGAGGAAAUAGAGCAAAAGUACCGUGAAGCGGAGGAAGAUCGUCUUCGGGCAAUGAAGGAAAAUGCAAUGGUUGAGAUAAAACCGCCCAAGGACGACGACUGGCCACGGGAGCACAAGUACGACAAAAUAGACUUCAACUACGACCUCGAUCCGGAGACGUUGGCGCAGUUGGAAGAAAAGAAAAAGGAAAAGGAUGCCUUUAUCCAGAAGAUAGCUAAAGAUUACAAGGUGUUUGCGGAAGGCGAAGGACCUCCACCGGAUCCCGCGUACAGCUUUCUGGCUGACGUUGAACGUGACGGUGAGAAGGCUGCCGCUGCUGCAGCGGCAAACAAUGGCAAUAAUGGUAUCAACGGCAAUAAUUCGACGCAACUGGCGAGCCCCAACGGAAGAAGCCCUACCGCCAGCAAGGGUGGUGAUAAUUUCGAUCGCCGAAACCCGAACAAUAGAAGUGGCCAUCGGCAAGGACCACGGGAUCCUGGGGGGCCGCAACAGGGCGGAAGGCCUCGUGUAGGCUCGGGAAAAUCGUCCCAUCAUCAUGGGCACCACAGUCACCAUCACCAUGGGGGACCGAAUAUUCAACGAUCGUUUUCGACAAACGAGCACGAUGGUUGGCGGUCUGCUUCGGGGGAGCAACAGCGAAGAAACGGUAAGAUUGGUACCGCCGGCAUGCACGAAGGUGCGGGCCUGUGGAGGCGGGAGCAGUACGAUGGCUCCGAGGGUAAAAGCAAGGACGAUAGCAGCUUGCAAUCGUCGGCGAAGCUGGAACCGAAUCUUACAGUCUCGGUUUCACGAGACGGAGAAUUUAAAAGCGUGAAAGUGACCACUCCUCCGAUUAUCGGUAGUGGAAGAGUUGGGCCUCGCCAGGCAGCGAAGCCACAGUUUCAAUUUCACACCGGUCCAGGUGAGCACAAUCAUCAUAACCAACAUAACCACCAUUCGGGUGGCGGCCAUCAACAUUCGCAUGGCCAUGGUCAUCAUCCCUUGCCGCUUACGGUCGGCGGACGUAAGGAGAUGCAACAAGGAAGCCGGGAUUCCACUGGAACGCAUUCGGUCGAUCAUUUCAAUCGUAACGUAACGGGACGAAAAUCGGACCGUGGUGGAGAGAGUGCCAAAAAGCACACCGGCGGCGGUAAGGGGCCUUUCUCCGGCUCGUCGUUGCAAAAUGGAAAAGGUGGCAGUACAGCUGGCGGUGGUGCGGGAAGCAGUGUGCAGGAUCGGCUGAACCGCAAUCGUUUAGUGGCCAGCAGUGACAGAAACGAAAACAUCACCAAAACGAGAGGUGAUUCUUCUGCACAGCCUGUUGUAUCCGGAGCAGCAAAGGCAACGCUUAAAACUAUUUCAAAAAUCAUCGAAAAGAAUGCAGAAAUUGACGUGCAGCUGGCACGUGAGAUGGCCCGAGAGAAUGAGAAGCUGUCUUCAAAAGUUAAAGAACUGCGUUUGCAACAACAGCAGCAGCAGCAGCAGCAACAGUAGUGGUGGCAUAUGGCACUCAAGAUGUAUGGCAUUGAUUGAGAUAAAACAUCUUUUAGAAGGGUUUUUUGUAAUGAUCGUUCAGCUUACAAAGGUCCUAUCUGAAUUAGAUUAGAAGGCACCGCCUCAAAACAGGAUAUACAGGAAGCAAUAUGAGCAAUUUAUAUCCGUCAUUCGACAAUGGACAUACGAGAUUUACGUCCGAUCAAUUGCGAUUAGGGGCAUCAACUCACUUGGUGUAGAAUCGCGCACGCAAAGCUAGGCUUUACUUAUGUUUUAUUUAACGCAAGUUUUAUUGUUUUUUUAGCUUUCUUCUUGGCGCAACGACCGUUUUCGGUCAUGCCUGCAGCAUGAAGUGCUUACUUCACUUUUUCCCUUUGUGUACGUGGAUAGUCUCUCGUACAGGGCAGGGUU